AUGGCAUCAAAACAUGCUAUUGAUUGGUCAAAUGAUGAUGUAUCAAAUUGGCUAUCUUCAAUUGGUUUUCAAGAUUUGGUUCAAGAGUUUUUAGAGACUAAUAUUAAUGGUCCAAAACUACUUACUCUAACCGAAAAGGAUCUAUCAAAAUAUAAUUUUAAAGGUCUUAAAAGAACUUUUAAUGGAUUUUUAAAUGACUUAAAGAACGAAUCAAGUCAAUCUUUAUUAAAAAAUAAUCGAAAACCCAACAAUACUAAUAAUAACAAUAACAAUAAUAAUAACAAUAAUAAUAAUAAUAAUAAUAAUAAUAAUAAUAAUAAUAAUAAUAAUAAUAAUAAUAAUAAUAAUAAUAAUAAUAAUAAUAAUAAUAAUAAUAAUAAUAAUAAUAAAAAUAAUAAUAAUAAUAAUAAAAAUAAAAAUAAUAAUAAAAAUAAUAACAAAGGGAAUAAACAAAAGAAUUUAAUACCAAGUAAUGAUUUUUAUAAUGAUGAUUUCUAUAGUUUUGGUAGUUCAGCAACAGCAAGUUUAAAAAAUAAAAAAAAUGAUUUUAUCUUUGGGUCAGUUAGUCCACAAAAUACAGAAUCCGAAAAUAAAGUAAAUGAAAAAUUUGGUGCAUUUGUAUUUGACUCAAGUAAAUACCAAAAUAAAAAUAAUAAUUAUAAUAAUAAUAAUAAUAAUAAUAAUAAUAAUAAUAAUAAUAAUUAUAAUUAUAAUAAUAAUAAUAAUAAUAAUAAUAAUAGUAAUAAUAAUAAUAAUGGUCCAAGAAAAGGUAGAAGAGGAAGUGAAUUUUCAUUUGACGAAGUAUUACACAAUUAUUCAAAUGAUAUUAAAGAAACUAAUAAAGAAUUUAUUGAACAGAUAAAAUAUUUAAGAGACAUCAAAGAAUCAUUAACAAAGAAAACAAUUUUAGAAAAGGUUCAACAAAUUCAGUACAGUUUACCAAAUAUAUUAUCAAAAACAAACAUCCCCGAUGAAAUUAUUCAAAUAAUAUUAGAAGUAUUCUCAAACAAAUACCUUUUACAAAAUCUACAAUUUUCAAUUCUAUGUAGUUUCUUUGAUGAAAUGAUGAAGUCUGCAUUCUUUCAACAUCCAUCCAAUUUACUCAAAUAUUUAGAAAUUAACCAAGCCGACGAAGAAUUAUUCAUCUCAUUAAGAAGAAUUUUUAAUAAGACCAUCGAGCUAUUUGAUAUUGACUGUGUUACAUUUAUCAAAGAUUUAAUGGAGAAAUUAAAACAAUAUUACAACAGUAAUUUUAGUUUGGUCCCAGAAGAGUAUCAAAGAGAUAAAAAAAAUUCAAAACAAAUCAAAGACAAUUUCGAAAAAGACAAAGAAAAGAACAACGCUAAAAGAGAUGAAAACUUUAAUAAGUUAUUUGAAUUUUUCAAGCAAAAAGAAGAAGAAUAUGAAAAGCCAAAAGACUUUAGAAAGCUCCCCAUCUUGCCAGAACCAGGCGAAUUAAAGAGAAAAGAAAAUAAGAAUUUAAAGAAAACUAAAGUUGGUGCAUAUGAAAGUGAAUAUGACUACUUAGAAACUCAUUUCCGUUUAAUUAGAGAAGAUCUUAUUAACCCAUUGCGUACAUCUGUUGAUUCUUUCCGUAGAGGCGAAACUAAUUCAAAUCUUUAUACAAAUGUUAGAUUUAAAAGUAUUUCAACUUCAACAGUUUCAUUAGGGUAUGAGGUAACAUUUGACUAUCAUCAUUUUAUUGAUUGGGAAACUUAUCCAAAAUUAAUUAUGGGUUCAUUGGUAGCAUUAAGUUGUGAUAAUUUCCUUAAUAUCCAUUAUAUGAUUGUAUCAAAUAGAGAAGAAGUAGGAAAUUUAAAGAGAAUAUCAUUAAUGCCAUAUGUAGACACAAAUCAAAUUUCAAAAGCAGCCAAUACCAAACAAAAAGGAACAUUUCAAUAUUUUAAACCAGAAUUUUUUGAAAAUAUUUAUGUUAUGAUAGAAUCACCAUCAUUCUUUAUUGCAUAUCAACAUAUUUUAUUAUCUCUUCAACAAAUUGAAGACGAUUUAUUGCCAUUUAAAGAUACUUUAGUUAAAUGCACCAACCGUGAUACGAGAGAGCCACCCAGAUAUAUCAAAGAGAACCCAAAUUUCGAUUUUUCUAAAGUUUUUAGAGAUAAAGUUGUUAUUGACGGUAAAUCCGAUGGUUCAGUGUGUAACGUCUUAAAAGGCUUCCCAGAUGAAUUGGAUGAAUUGGAUGAAUCUCAAAUGAUUGCUAUUAAACAAACUCUUACAUCAUCACUAUCGUUAAUUUUAGGUCCACCAGGUACUGGUAAAUCAUUUGUUUCUAGAAAUCUUUUCCAUUUAAUUUAUAACAAUUUAAAAGAACAGUUAGGAGGGUUGGAUAUGCCACCAAUUUUAGUACUCAGUCACACAAAUCAUGCUUUAGAUCAAUUUACCAAUCAUCUUCUUCAAAUCACCGAUAAAGCUGUUAGAAUUGGUACCCGUUCAAAAGAUGAAACCAUUAAAAAAAUUCAAAUGAACCAAAAAUUAAAAGGAACUUCUAAUCUAUCAUCUGGUUUCAGAAAGCGUUUAGAGAUAAUAGCACGAAUCAAACAAUCAUUCCAAAAGCUAGACCAGCCAUUCGAAUAUUCAGAUUUUCAAUAUAUCGAUUUUGAGGUAGAUUUCCAAAAGAUAUUCCCAAAUGAACAAGAGUUUAUCAAAUAUUUAGCACCUAUUAGAAGAGAAAUUGAUACAAAGAUUUUAAUGGAAUUUAAACAAGAGAAUGAUUUCUUAAAUGUUCCAGAGUACCAAAAGAAUAUUCAAUUAAAAAAGGUCAGCAGCGAACCAGAUGAAUUAAGAGUCGAUAAAUCAAUCGUUAAACAAAAGAUAAAAGAAAGAAGAAUUGAUGGUUUCUAUAGUCUUAUUGAUACAGAUGUCGAUGGUGACGGUGAGGAAAAUAAUGCAAACGAUAGAGAUGCUCAUAGUCGAGGAAAAAGAACACUCGGCAAAGUUGGCAACUACAUCAAACUUUUACAAUUUAAUUUUGGUGGCAAAAUUACAAAAAACAAAGACCAAAUACUCUCUUAUAAUUCAGAGAAGCGUAUUCAGCUCUAUAGAUAUUGGGUAAAAUUAAAAGUAGAAAAGAUUUUCAAUGACCUUGAAGAGUGCUUCAAACACUUCCAAAUCCAAACCAACGUUAUCGAGGAGGACCAAUUUAAAGCUCGUAAAAACCUUUUGGAAAAAGAUACGGAGCUUAUCGCUGCUACCAUUACUGGUGCAUCAAGAUUCAAAAAGCUCUUUGAAACUCUUAAUAUUAAAGUAGUAAUAAUUGAAGAAUGUGCUUUGUCAAUGGAAGGUUUCAUCACUGCUGUCAUUCCAAACUCAGUCGAACAUUUAAUCCUUGUUGGUGAUCAUAAUCAAUUAAAACCAUCAUGCACCGAUCAUUCACUUUUAACAAAGUUUGAAUUGGAUCGUUCAAUUUUCGAACGUAUUUACGCUAAUGGUGGUAGAUGCUCAGCACUUCGUACCCAAAGAAGAAUGUCACCCUCCAUUUCUCGUUUCAUUUUACCAGUCUAUCCAAAUUUACAGAACCAUCAUUCGGUUAUCGAAAGAGACAAUGCCCUUGAAGAAGAACAACUAAAUUUAGUUAAAGGUUGUCUCUACAAUGUUUAUUUCUUUGAUCAUAUUCAAAAUGAAACUAAAGCAGCCGAACCAAAUUUAAACAGUAAGUCAAAUUACCACGAAGCAGACUUGAUUGUUCAUUUUGCAUUUUAUCUUUUAAAUCAAAACUAUAGACCGGAACAAAUUACAAUUCUCACACCAUAUGCAGGUCAACUUUUACUCAUAAAUGAAAUCAUUCAAAAAUUCAAGUAUAAAAAUAUAGACAAAGAACUUUGGAACUCUUUAUCAAUCAUUGAAGUUUGCACAGUAGAUCAAUAUCAAGGUGAAGAGAAUGAUAUAAUUAUUGUAUCAUUGGUAAGAAAUAAUAAAGAAAACAUUGGUGGUUUCCUUGGUAUUACAAAUAGAAUUAAUGUCAUGAUUUCUAGAGCCCGUUUGGGUUUAUAUUUAUUUGGUAAUCAAUAUCUCUUACAACAUAUGAGAGCUCAUGAACCAAUUUGGAAGAACAUGUUCCCAAUUUUAGAAGAAGAAAAUGAAAUUGGUGUUUCAUUACCAUUGGUUUGUCCAAAUCACCCAAAAACCAUUACCUUUAUAAAAAAUCCAAAAGAUUUUUUACUUUUCUCUCCUGAUGGUGGGUGUGUAAGACCAUGCAAUGUCAAGCUAAAGUGUAAACAUUUAUGUAGAAGAAAAUGCCACUCUUCUGCAACACCCCAUAUUUGUAUGGAACCAUGUGCCAAUUUAUUAAAAUGUGGACAUAUGUGUCAAAUGUUUUGUUCACAGCGUUGUGGAGAAUGUAAAGUAAAAACCUUAAAGACACUCCCUAAAUGUCGUCACAAGAUUCAAGUAAAAUGCUCUGAAUUUGUAAAUGAAAAGACCAAAUGUUCCCAAAAGUGCCAGAAUUAUUCAAAUUCUAAAAGACCUUGUAAGAAUUUGUGCGGUGAACCAUGUGGUUCUACUGCGGGUGGUGAAAGUGGCACAAGUGGUACAGGUGGCACAUCAACAAGUGGAUCAACUAGCAUAUCAACAGGUAUAAUAGCAGAUAACUCUUCAGACUGGAAAGACUCUUCAGACGCAUCAGAGGACUCUUCAAAAGGUUCAUCAGAUAGCAGAUCAUCAUCAGCCAGUACAUCAUCAGCUAUCGGUUCAUCAAAUAGCAUUUCAUCAGAUAGUAGUUCAUCAUCAGCUAACAGUUCAUAA